UCUGCCGACUCCAUUCCGCAUUACAGGGAUCCGGAUCCCGUGGCGGCCACUUGGAAUCUGGGGAUCGCUUCGGCCCCCCCUCCCAGUAGGGCCGUGGGCCGCCGAGAGGAGAGGGCCUUGACCCAUCGACCACCACCACCUCCUGCCUCCUGCCUUCUCCUCAUGGGGUUGUGCUGAGACGUCAAGCAGCGGCCUCGACGAUGGCAGAGGCCACGGUUGGUGAAGGAGAGCCGCCGACCUGCAAGACGGGCGGCAUCGCCCCACGAGACAUCAUGACCAACUCGCACGCCAAGUCCAUCUUGAACGCCAUGAACGCACUGCGCAAGAGCAACACACUGUGCGACGUGACGCUCCGCGUUGACGAGAUGGAUUUCCCUGCUCACCGGAUCGUCCUCGCCGCCUGCAGCGACUACUUCUGCGCCAUGUUCACCAAUGAGGUUUGUCAGCUGUCGGAGAAGGACAAACCUUGUGUGGACCUGCAAGGGUUGACAGCUGCCACCAUGGAAAUUCUGCUGGACUUUGUCUACACGGAGACUGUUCACGUGACGGUGGAGAAUGUUCAGGAGCUGCUCCCGGCUGCCUGCCUCCUACAGUUAAAGGGCGUGAAGCAGGCAUGCUGCGAGUUCCUGGAGAGCCAGCUGGACCCUUCCAACUGCCUCGGCAUCCGUGAGUUUGCCGAGGCUCACAGCUGCAUGGAUCUGCAGCAGGCGGCCGAGCUCUUCAGCCUCAAGCACUUUCCCGACGUUGUGUACAACGAAGAGUUCCGCCUGCUGCCCCAGCCCGAGGUGCAGAAGCUCAUCAAGUGCGACGAGAUACAGGUGGACUCGGAGGAGCCGGUGUUUGAGGCGGUGAUAAACUGGGUGAAGUACGACGAGCCGGUGCGCAGCCGCUUCCUGCCCGAGCUGCUGCAGUAUGUGCGCAUGCCACUGCUCACGCCUCGCUUCAUCACCGACGUCAUCGACACCGAGCCGCUCGUUCACAAGAGCCUGGAGUGCAGAGACCUCGUAGACGAAGCAAAGAAGUUCCACUUGCGGCCGGAGAUCCGAGCACAGAUGCAGGGCCCACGAACAAAGCCCCGGCUGGGGGCUAACGAGGUGCUGCUUGUGAUCGGGGGCUUUGGGAGCCAGCAGUCUCCCAUUGACGUGGUGGAAAAAUACGACCCUAAAUCGCAAGACUGGAGUCUUCUGCCCAGCAUCACGCGCAAGCGGCGCUACGUGGCGACGGUGUCCCUGAACGAGCGCGUGUACGUGAUGGGCGGAUAUGAUGGGCGCUCGCGCCUCAGCUCAGUGGAGUGCCUGGACUACGGGGCGGAUGAGGACGGCGUCUGGUACUCUGUGGCGCCGAUGAACGUGCGCCGCGGCCUGGCCGGGGCGACGACUCUCGGAGACAUGAUAUACGUGGCAGGCGGGUUCGACGGCAGCCGGCGGCACACAAGCAUGGAACGGUACGACCCCAACAUCGACCAGUGGAGCAUGCUGGGAGACAUGGCCACGGCACGUGAGGGCGCCGGCUUGGUUGUCGCCAACGGCGUCAUCUUCUGCGUAGGAGGGUACGACGGCAUCAACAUCCUCAACUCGGUGGAGAGAUUCGACCCGCACACAGGCCACUGGUCGCACGUCUCCCCCAUGUCCACGAAGCGCUCGGGCGCUGGCGUGGCACUGCUGAACGACCACGUGUACGUGGUGGGGGGGUUUGACGGCGCCGCGCACCUCGCCUCCGUCGAGUCGUACAACAUCCGCACGGACACGUGGAGCAGCAUCACGAGCAUGACCACGCCGCGCUGCUACGUGGGCGCUGCCGUGCUGCGCGGACGCCUUUACGCCAUCGCCGGUUACGAUGGAAACUCGCUGCUAAGCAGCAUCGAGUGCUACGACCCCAUCAUCGACACCUGGGAGGUGGUGUCCUCCAUGGGGACCCAGCGUUGUGACGCUGGCGUCUGUGUCCUGCGUGAGAAAUAGCCGUUGCGCGUGUAUGUGUGUGUGCGUGCGUGCGUGUGUGUGCGUGGGGGGGCUGGUGCAUAUCACAUUUCAACAGGGUUCCUGACGCAGCAGUGUUCGCAAGACUAAUAGGAAUAUCACAGCGAUGCUGCCAACCAUGUACAAGUCAGCGUUUAAACGAUCCGAUGUGCGUCAAUCCAAAUUUGGGGGGGGGGGGGGACACACGGCGUAGCGCGAGCACGUUCGCCGUUUGUGUUGCAGAAGGGGUCACGGUUCGAAUCCAGCAGGUCCCCCUGAUUAAAAGUACGGGUGUAUCAACCGUAGAAAUACUUGCCGUUUUCACAGUUUACGUUAAAGAUCCCCAUAUCGUUGAUUGUAAGAGUAGGCCCAUUGUAUUAUAUAAAUCGCAGUUAUUGGCGUCUACUGCGAAAACUUGGCAGGGCCCUCCUGAGAAAGAAUUGAGACUGGGUGACGUUUUACUGUGUAAAUGAGCGGAAUAAUAUAAAGUAAUUACAUUUUUUCUUAUCAGUGUUGUCUUAACAGCCCUAUUGUUACCAUACUGUAAGAUGAGUUGCAAAGCUAAUCAUUUCACUGUCACUGGACGGAUACGUUGCCAAGUCUUUGAAGGUAGUCUCAAGUAUGUUUAGCCAAGCAAGUGCAAUAUCAGGACUAAGUAAAAUGGAGAGGUAGCCUGAAAUAACAGACUUUUAUAAACCACACACUUGCGUGCUUUAAAGUUUAACCACGUUUGAAGAAGUGUGUUUCAGUGCUGCAAAUGGAGAUGCAUUGUGCAGGGUUUUUUUGCCCCCAUUUAUAAGCUGUAGUUUAGCGAACUGGUGUAUGAAUUUACUUAUUGAACGUGUUGAUUUUAUUUUAAAGACACAAGCCACCUGUGUUGUGUAAAUAAAAGCCACUGUGGCGGGGAAAACAUGGCUGUGAACGUGUAAAUAAAGGUAAAUAACAAG